AUGGGCUCCAGCAAGCGGCAGUUACACGCAGGGCGUCUGCCUGGGCAGGUGGGACCUCGAGGAAGAAACACUUUGGUCUCGACACAGAUCCCAGAAUUUACCUUCGAGCCUCAAGUGCUGCCGCAAAAGAAUACUGGUCGAACAUUCCGGGUACCAAGUCCAACAGACAGUGAGGAAGAAGAGCUACUACGCUACGAGGGAGGUCGUUUGAGCCCUUGUCUGCCUACACAAUUGAACGUUGAGAAGACGCGACACUCGCUAGACUCUAACUUCGUUGGAAGCGGCCGAGAUUGCUUGUCGACUCUCGGAGAUUCUAGCUCGCUCUUCUCCGACAACAGUCCAGCUUCCCUAGCAACCCAGGUGAAGAAAGAGCACCACGACCUCCGAUUUGGUGGACCUGGACCUUCAAACCAACAACCAUUCAUCUUCGACUCACCUCCUCCUUCCACCAUGGUAGUGGAACGAGAACCACCCAAGGCGACUCCUCAAAAGUUUCCACAGCCAGCCUUCCCAGCCAUCAACCAGCCCGAAUUUGGUAAACCGAGCCCUCUUGGAAACCGAGCGCGCGCCCCCAAUGUUUUCAACAUGCCACAACCUCACCAACCGCGACCAGAACAUCAUCGACCCCCGCCUCCAGCUGGUGCGUCACAUCUGCAGCAAGUGAAGAAUAUUGCGCGCAAGGUUGUGGAUCCAUUCCACUCUGGACAGGCAUCGCAUCCAGUACUCAUCCAGUCGAGUCCAGACGUUGUGGAGAUUCCACGACCGGCAGCUCCUCCAGCGUGGAACUACACUCGGCCCGCACCUACCUACUCAUCUUACAAUCCUCCUACAAGCGGGUUCUCAUCAGUCAACAGCUACCAACGGCCGAUAGUUGACCUCACACAACCCCAAGUCCCCUCUUACUCUGAUCCUGCACUUCUUGAUAAUCGCUUCGGCGCAGUAGACCCCUUGUUAUACGUUGACGCCGGAAAGGCUACGGAGAACAUCAAAGCGCUUCUUGAAGGCGCUUUUGAGGAUGAAGACGACAAGCCACGGACGCGCGGCCGGAAGAAAAAGGUUGAUGCUGCAAUGGCAGGAUUGACAGACAAGCUGCAAGGACUGGAUGUGAAAGCCGAGGAAGACAAAGAGAACCAUGAGGAAGAUGAGGAUGAGGAAGAGGAAGAAGACGAUGGUACUGUGGAUGGCCUAAAAGUGAAGCUCUUGCCUCAUCAGGUAGACGGUGUUGCUUGGAUGAGGGACAAGGAGACAGGAAUAAAGAAGAAGAACGGCGUCUUGCCCAGAGGCGGGAUCCUCGCCGAUGACAUGGGGCUUGGAAAGACCAUCCAGUCUAUCGCGUUGCUACUCACCAACCCUCGACCAUUACAUUCAUCUACCACCUCUGUGACCGACAAAAAAGCGCUAGCCGUGAAUGUCGGGAAAAGUACCCUUGUAGUGGCGCCUCUUGCACUCAUCAAGCAGUGGGAAGCCGAGAUCAAGAAUCGUGUACUGGACAGUCACAAGCUGCGUGUGUGCGUUCAUCACGGCCCACAGCGCACUAAGCGAUUCGAAGACCUCAAGAAAUACGAUGUCGUCAUCACGACCUAUCAGGUUCUAGUAUCAGAACAUGGCAGCUCUUCAGAGCGCGAGGAUGGACCCCAGGCUGGUUGUUUUGGAAUCCAUUGGUACCGUGUCAUACUCGACGAGGCACACACCAUCAAAAACCGAAAUGCUAAAGCAACCCAGGCAUGUUACGCUCUCAGAGCCGAAUACAGGUGGUGUUUGACCGGCACGCCCAUGCAGAACAAUCUUGAUGAGUUGCAAAGUUUGAUCAGGUUCUUGAGGAUCAAGCCCUACAAUGACCUUUCGAUAUGGAAAGACCAGAUUACCCGGCCAAUGAGCCAAGGGCGUGGCGGAGUCGCUAUGAAGCGACUGCAGUUCUACCUAAAAGCUUUCAUGAAACGACGUACGAAGGAUGUCCUGAAGCAGGAAGGCGCACUAAACCCUGGUGGCAAGCCAAGCAAAGAUGGCACCAGCAACGGUUUUAAGAUCACAGCACGAAGAGUCGAGAGCGUGCUUGCGGACUUCAGCCCCGAAGAACGGAGAUUCUAUGAUCGCCUCGAGCAACGCACCGAUAAGAGCUUGGAGCAAAUGAUGGGCGGUGAAAAAAUUAAUUACGCUAGCGCGUUGGUUCUUCUAUUGCGACUUCGUCAGGCCUGCAACCAUCCUCAGCUUGUAGGAGGCAGUAUGGCUAAGGAUAAAGAUGCUCUGACUACGGGUCAGGGCUUAGGCAGCCAGACGCCUCGGAAAUCAAAGGUAGCAGAAGACGACGUGGAUGAAAUGGCGGACCUUCUUGGUGGCUUAAGCGUGAAGACAAAGCAGUGCGAUGUCUGUCAGAUCGAACUUAGCAAGGAUGAAGUAUCUGCGGGCUCCAUACGAUGUGCCGAGUGCGAGGAAGAUCUGGCUGCGCAACAAGGUCAACGCAAAAACACAAAACACAAGAAACACCGUUCAAAGGCCAAGGUCAAAUCAGAGGAACCAAAGCCCAGACUCCCCAGGAAGCGGAACGUUAUACUCGACGACUCUGAUGAGGAUGAAGACGCCGACUGGCUUGUGCCUGAAGACCAACGCCUCGCGGUAAGUCUCGGCAAAGCUGGUGGGAGUGACGAUGAAAAUGCGGAAGGCGGCGGCGAAUCGUUGGCUUCAUAUGACACGGAAACAGAAGACGAUUCUCAGGUCAAAGUGUCGAGGUCCAAGCAACCCAAAGUAAUCAGCCUUGAUACUACAGACGAAGAUGACGACGAUUCUUCGGAGGAUUCGUCAAACGAGGGACAAGAUUCCGAAGUGGAGCUCUCCUCAGAAUCCGAACCCUCGCUUGCCUCCAUUACAACUUCCGCGAAAAUCCAGCACCUCCUCAAGAUCCUCCACCGCGAAUCCGCCAGCCAUAAAUUUAUUGUUUUCUCCCAAUUCACCUCCAUGCUCGACCUCAUUGAGCCCUUCCUUCAGCGAGACAAUCUGGUCUUCACCCGCUACGAUGGCAGCAUGCGUAAUGAUCACCGUGAAGCGAGCCUUGAGCGGCUGCGGAACAAUAGCAAGUGCCGUGUUCUACUUUGUAGUCUUAAGUGCGGAUCACUGGGCCUGAAUCUCACUGCCGCCUCGAGAGUUGUCAUCUUAGAACCAUUUUGGAACCCAUUUGUGGAAGAGCAAGCUAUCGAUCGGGUUCAUCGCCUCAAUCAGACACUAGAUGUUACGGUCUAUAAGCUCACGAUUGCCAACACAGUCGAAGCGCGUAUCCUUGAAUUGCAGGAGAAAAAGCGGGCUCUAGCCAAUGCAGCAAUCGGAGGCGACGGGAAAGCGGUUGGCAAGCUAAGCAUGAAGGACAUCUUAAAUCUAUUCAGGAGAGAUGCGGAGCAUGAUGGAAGGCACGAAGUGGAUGCGAGCUUGGGAGCGAAGACGAGAAUCCUUGCAGCCGCGGGAGGUAGUGGCUCUGGCCCAGUCAAUGAGAAAGGGGGACAGAGUACGAGAGUCACACCGCCAGUCAUGGAGCAUAGGGGGAACGGCCGGAAGGAGGACUCUGUCUUCGGAAGGAGAUGGUAA